UCAUAGUUGUGCGCCGCCGAAGCCGUUGUGUGCCCUCUGGAAGGCAGCGCAGUGUCACAGCAGAAGAGGGCACCGGGUUUGGGCUGUCAGGCAGGGCAGACAUGUCGGUCAGUCCGGUAGACGCACAGCUUCGGCAGCAGCAGCUGAGAGCGCUCCGUAGGAAAUGGCUGAAGGACCAGGAGCUGAGCCCGCGGGAGCCCGUCCUGCCCCAGAAGAAGCUGAAUGCCGUGGACAGGUUCUGGGCCAACUUCCUGCAGAAGCCCUCUCUAUGGAAAAGCUACACAUUCAGGACGUAUAAUAUUGGUGUACAGGCGGUGACCAAAAUUCUCAUACCAGCUUGGAUCGUCCAUUACUUUGUGAAGUACCACCUGCAGACAACCCCAUAUGCUGCUGUGUUUCAGAAACCACGGCUGUACCCUGGUGAUGUUAUCCAAGAAACUGGACAAGUCGUCCCACCCCUUGAGGAAGCAAGCAGUGGACAUCACCACUAAAUAUUUGUAGUCAUCUUGUUUCAAAGAAAAAUGUAAAAAAAAGUCUUUAAUAUUAUCAUAAAAUAAAAGAUUAGAAUUGUA